AUGGCGACCUCAGGGUUCCUCAAGAGCUUGCGCCGCCGGUCGAAGGCCAGCAUCAGGACCGAACCCUCCGCCGACAGAUCCGGUGAUCAAUACAACACCGACUCGUCUAGCGAUGCCAGUCGAAACACCGUGCCAACCACUGGCUCCAUCACGCCUCCUUCUACUCACGGCUCCGAUCCCGCCCUGGACCAGCAGCUCAAGAACAUCAACCCAAACGCCCGCCCUUCUCCACAGCCAUUGCCAGCCUCGAGUCGUUAUAGUGUCUCCGGCAUGAGCGGCUUGGGCUCUCCAGUUCUCAAUGGCAAAUCAAACCUACCUGUGUCGCACUACGCACCUCGAAUUGUCAAUGCUCCCAACAAUGCUCAUGUCUACCAAAAGUUCUUCUGCGUGUACGGCACGAUCGGAGACCCGUCUCAACACACCAUUGAAGGCGUCGUCACCGUGACCCGUGAAGACGACCAGUUCCCUCCGACGGAAUGGAAGGUCUGCGACUCUCACUGGAAAGCCGUCAUCUACCUCCAGCCAGGUCCCAACAGACUCCGAUUCGACUUUUCUAGCCCCAAGCUUUCGAACAGCUCGAACAGCAACAGGCUCCACUCGACCUAUCUUACCAUUAACAUGACGCCACCAUACAAUGCGCCCUUGCAACUCGCCGUUCUCUUGGCGAAAGACUCGCCCGAGACGUUCGACUCUGUGCCUGCGCGCAUCGCAGUGGAAGGGAACGGCCUCGAUGCUGCUGUACGAAAGUACCGCAUGGCAGCGUAUCUCUGGCACGCUUUCACCGGGGAACAAAUGGUGCGCCAGAAGAUGGGUCCUCGAAGCUUUGGAUUCGAAGAAGAGUGGACCGGCAGCACGUCGCACCAACAGGAUCGCAUGCAGGGCAAGAUGCGCCGUGAAGCCAGAGUUCACAUAAUUCGGUCCGAGAAGACGGUUGCUGAACUCCGCGAAUUGCAAUCUGCGCAGCAGACAACCGAAGGCGCUAACAAAAAUGGACUGUUCCAUGUGGCUGCCGAAGCUGUCAAUGACUACUUCAAGCCUCUGCCGGGCCAGAAGCAAUAUGUCUCAGUCUUGCUGCUUGACGCGCACUGGGACAAGGCGGCUGGUGCAGUGACAGGCCACGUCGCACACGGCGGUUCAGUUGGAGACCUCAAUCUAGCCGUCUUUGGCUCACAGUUCCUACAGAGUUACCCGAGCAGCCUCGAUGAAGUCGGCGACUCCUUCCUCGACUGUACACGGCUAGAUACGGAUGCUGUUUCGAGCGAGGCUGGGAGCUCCUGGGAAGCUGCCAAUGCUGGUCUAGGAGGGCACCUGAAGGAAAUCGGCCGCAUGUUUGGAUGUAUCGAAAGGGAGACGGGCAUCAUGAGCAACGAUUUCUUGACAUUCGGACGCAGUUUUGUCGCCCGGGAAUCUUUCUCCACCAGAACCAAAUCAAAGGGCGGGCUCGUUCUAAGCAAAGAUGAGUGUUCAUGGCACUUCCUCGAUUGUCUCCGGUUCCGCUGGCAUCCCUGCUUCAGGCUGCCGAACGAUCGACCUUGUCACGUCGACGAUAGCAUGAACGCCUUUCCCAUCGAAGGGAACCAAAUUGUGUUGACGGCCAAGACGGGUGUCGUGGCGAUCGAGAUUCUAGGCGAGGGGGAGACCGUUUGCCACCACUGGAUCGAUUACGGCACGAGAGAGGGUCUCCCAAAGCAGCAGGUUCUCAGCGAGCUGCAGAUCAGGGAGCGCCUCCCUGAAGCCAUCCGUAAAGGCCACGUUCGCCUACGAGCUCUUUCGGGCGGCGGAGGCAGUCUGAUGAUUGACGAUCUGAAGAGGCUCUGCUCCAAGGAGUCGUCCCUCAAGCUGACUGGCCCACUGGCACCUGGUCCAUUGAGCCGGAUCGCCUAUCGAAGCCUGCCCGUAGGGUCUCCAGCGAGGGAGGGCAGCGAAACGCAGGAGGUUGUGAUCCAACGCGAGGGUAGGCUGCUCCUCCGUGUCGUUGUGUACCACGACCCCACAACAGUGCACGGGAUCGAGUUCAUCUAUGAAGACACCUCGACACAGCUUCUGGGAGCGAGAGCAGGCAAGGAGGGUGGCGACACGUUCAGUUUUGACAUUCGACGGGGUGAAUACAUCACCGGAUUCCACAUCAGGGCUGGCGAGUCGAUCCAAGGUCUUGCGGUCAUCACAAGCUUGGGCGAAAUGUCCCUCGUGUACGGCAACCCUCAGGGCGGCCAUAUGACAAACUUGCUCUGCCCUACUGGUUACACAGUCUGCGGCGUCUCUGGGUCGAGCAGCUCCCAGCUCGACUCUCUCGGAUUGAUCAUUGUCCGGUGA